AAACUAACAAACCAAACUAAACUGUUGAAAAAUAUGAAAUUCAUUUUUCUCCGCUCUUCUUUUUCAUUGUUAACCUCUUUAUACUUUUACAACUUUACCUAAUUCAAUGAACUCCAUUACGGACAAUGAGAUUGCAGAAAGGAUAAUAACUGCCAGAAAAGACGCAGAAUCGCUCAAAGAACGAAUUCGACAAAAGAGAGACCACCUGUCUGAUACGACAUUGAUCCAGGUUGCACAAAAAGUACAAAGUUUGCCACCCUUGGCAAUGAAGGCACGGCGGAUAUUAAAGGGCCAUUUGGCCAAAGUCUAUGCCUUACAAUGGGGAUCAAACAAACAGAACGUUGUAUCUGCUUCACAGGACGGCAAACUACUGAUAUGGAAUGCAUACUCUACGCACAAACUCUGCUCCGUUCCUCUAAAGUCCUCAUGGGUCAUGACAUGUGCUUACUCGCCCAGUGGGAAUUUUGUUGCUUCGGGAGGAUUGGACAAUACGUGUUCCAUUCACAAUCUGGAAUCACCAACAAAACCUAUCAGAGAGUUGUCAGGACAUACGGGAUACUUAAGCUGUUGUCGAUUUUUGAGCGAUCAUCAAAUAUUGACAUCAAGCGGUGAUACCAGCUGUAUAUUAUGGGAUAUUGAUCUUGGCAGCAAGCUACACGAAUUCAAUGAUCACACAGGUGAUGUCAUGAGCCUCGCCAUAUCACCCGACAAUCCAACCAUUUUUGUUUCAGGCGCCUGUGAUGCUACUGCGAAAAUAUGGGAUCUACGAACCCAAAAAUGCGUUCAAUCCUUUAGCGGGCAUGAGUCUGAUAUCAAUGCGGUCCGAUUCUUUCCUAGUGGUAGUGCUAUAGGCACAGGAUCUGACGAUGCUAGCUGUCGUCUAUUUGAUCUUCGAGCGGAUAGAGAACUAAAUAUAUUUACGCAUGAGCAAGUGUUUAGCGGAGUGACAUCUGUCGCUUUCUCCAUUUCAGGUAGAGUGCUCUUUGGGGGCUAUGAUGAUUACCAUUGUUAUGCAUGGGAUAUUCUAAAAGGUGAACGUGUGAGUGCACUUGAUGCACACAAUAAUCGGGUGUCUUGCUUAGAUAUUGCGCCCGAUGGUAUGUCUCUCUGCACAGGCAGCUGGGAUAAUUUAUUAAAAGUAUGGGCUUAGUUAUUUAUUUGAAUAUAACGAGACAUGAAGGAAUGCACUGCC